CAGAAGCCGGCGUGCGUCACGGGUGCCCUCACCCUGGGAGAGUAGACUCGGGCCGCUCUAGCCCACUCCUUAGUGGUCUAUGGCUAGAAAGGAGUGGUGACGGGAGCCGCUGAAGUUGUAGUCUCGCUCACGCCUCUCGGUUCAAAGGAGGAAGCCGGGCGUGACGGCUCUACGCAUGUCAUCCCAGCAUUCGGGAGGCUGGACGAUGGCGAGAUCCAGGCCAGCCGGGGCUACCUAACGAGACACCGUCUCGGAAAACAAAAAAAUAAGCAGACAAAAGGAAAGCCAGGCAGGUAUGCGGUGUCGUCUUUAGUUGGAGCGAGAAGCGCCCGGAGAGCUUAUGUGAACUACGGCCUUCUUAAUCAAAGUGAGGGACCGUCCAGAAACGCGGCUUCAGUUUCCCCUCUCCAACAUGUCCUCUAGGGCCGGAAGACUGUGAGCGCCUGGCCCCGCCCCUUCCGCCCUGUGAGGCCGGCCAAUCAGAGCAGGCGGCUCAGCUUGCGCAAGCGCCUUGCCCGCCUAGUGGUAGCCGCCCCUGCGCGGCGACCUCUGUAUCACCUGUUGCCAUGACUUCUCCUCCCUCUCCCCCGCCCGUUCGCAGGAGGCGGGCUUCUGCCGAGGCCCCGCCCCUCCGCCUUCGCCUGACGCGGCCUCAAGGUGCUUCACCUCAGGCAAGCAGAGCCGGGGGAAGGGCGUCCUAGGGCAGAGACGGACGCCAGCGCUGUGGGGAGAAAGUGACGGGCCGCCCUUCCUUGUCAGCCAGGACCGAGACACAGCGGCGCUCCCACUCAACUGCUGUCGACCCCUCGGCCCCCGAGAUGGCAGCUGCCGGCGCCCGAGGCCUCCGGGCCACCUAUCACCGAUUCUUGGAUAAAGUGGAGUUGUUGCUGCCAGAGAAACUGAGGCCACUGUACAACCACCCAGCAGGUCCCAAAACAGUUUUUUUCUGGGCUCCAAUAAUGAAAUGGGGAUUGGUGAUUGCUGGAUUAGCUGACAUGACCAGACCUGCAGAGAAACUCAGCACAGCUCAGUCCACUGUGUUGAUGGCUACAGGGUUUAUAUGGUCAAGGUACUCACUUGUAAUUAUACCAAAAAAUUGGAGUUUGUUCGCUGUUAAUUUUUUUGUGGGGUCAGCAGGAGCUUCUCAGCUGAUUCGUAUUUGGAGAUAUCAGCAAGAGCUCAAAGCUAAAGGAAUCAAGUAAGAGAGUUCCUGAUCACCUGAACAAUCCAAAUGUGGACAGAAACAUUGGAACCUAGUUUAUUUGGUUAUUGAUAAGGUGAUGCUAACUGUUCUGAUAACAUUUGAAAAGAAUGGAAAAGAAGUCUAACUGUAAUUAAUAGCUAGCACUUGACUCCACAGAAAAAUAAAGCAAAUUUUUAUUAACAGUCUCUUUACAUGUGACUCAAGAGACUUACCUAUGGAUGGCACUAACACUGUUUUCUACCAUUUGUCCAUAAUAAAUCCUACUUGGUCAUACUUA